AUGUCGUGGAAUUGUCUGAAGAAAAAGAAUCAGAAUACUGGUAAGUCUCAACAACAGGGCCGAGUUUUUGUCCUGACUGCGGAUGGUGCUACUAGGUAUGACACGCUAAUAAGAGAUAAGUUUGUCAUUGUGUUCAUCGAUGAUAUCCUGACCUAUUCUAAGAAUGCAGAGGAACACGCGGAACACUUGCGGAUAGCGUUGCAGAUUUUGAAGGAGAUGAAGCUUUAUGCAAAGCUUUCCACGUGUAACUUCUGGAAGGAAGAGGUAAAGUUUUUAGGACAUGUGGUGAGCCGAAAUGGAAUAGCUGUGGAUCUUGCUAAGGUUGAGGCGGUGACAGAAUGGGGACGGCCUACAUCUGUGAUAGAAGUGCGAAGUUUCUUGGGAUUAGCUAGUCACUACAGAAGAUUCAUUAAGGAUUUUUCACAGACUGCAUUACUGAUAACCAAGUUAACUCACAAGGAUGCACCUUUCGUGUGGAUGUCUGAAUGUGAGGAAAGCUUUGAAACUCUGAAGGAGAGGUUAACUACAGCACCUGUACUUGUGUUGCCUGAACCCUAUGAGCGAUUUGAGGUUUAUUGUGAUGCUUCGUUAAAGAGUCUAGGGUGUGUAUUGAUGCAACACCGAAAUAUUGUGGCUUAUGCUUCAUGA